AUGCCUGGAUUACUCUCCUCUGUUCAGGUCUUUGACCUCUCCACGGGCCUCUCAGAGGCUGGAUGGAACGCUCUACUCUCUAAUGCUGCUCGUGCCAAUCUUGUUCUUCCCCAUGCAGAGAAAGUUUUUGGCCGCCAAAUAUUCACGCCCAGAAUCGAUUCUGCUGAACAGCUUUGGUUGACAUACUCGAAGCCUGGAACUUCCGAAAUCUCCCUCGUACUUUCCUGCACAGAGGGACCACUAGACAAAUACCCCCUCUUCAUCAUUCCCACAAUCCCUAUUGCUGAGUUUACGCCCGAGUUCCUCGAAAGCUCCAUGAUGGCGCUGUGCAGCGCGCUUGUGGAGGAGCCUGGCUUCAGGAAGGAGCGAGUCUUUUCUAUUUUCUCCGUUGAGAACAUCGCAGAGGCCUUCGCUCUGACAUGGGAAAGACUCACAGGGAUUGGUCGCAUCGAGAAGCCGUAUUACAGUGCAUUUUUCUCGGUGUGUACCGAAAGCACAUUGGUCCGCCAAGAGCGACCUCCUCGUCCAUCAGAGGAUGUAAUUCUCGACCCACGUCUUGCUGUAGAACAGGACGCUGAGGAGAUUGCUAAACUGUGCCGCGAAUUUGCGAAAACUUCGGAACCGUUCACCCUCAGUAAGGAGAAAGCCGGCAAAGAAGCUGAGCUUUUGAUUGCAAACAAAUCCGUUUGGGUCCUCGAGAUCAAAAAGGGCAAAGAAAAACCCGAGAUUGCCACUAUCGUUGCUGCGACGCGGAAGUCAAAAGGCGUUGCUACCAUCUCGAAGGUGUAUACCCCAGAGAAAUGGAGGGGUAAAGGCUGUGCUGAGAGACUGGUUCGACAUGCCUGCAGCGAGUUGCUGGAGAAGUAUAAGGAGAUCGUCUUAUAUGUCGGUGUUGAGAAUUCCGCCAAGAUUGUGUAUGACCGCGUGGGUUUCCAGGUUCUUCGUGAUGAGUCUCUCUUGCCCCAGCGAUGGCUUGAGAUUGGUUUUGAUGAAAACAAAGUCGAACUUGGUCAUUGGUAGAGUUUGAGCAUAUUUCUGGGUCGCUUUGGUUUAUCUGCUUUGCAUUGCUCUGCAUGGUCGUUCAUACUCCC